ACAUAUUUAUACAGAAAUCACUGCUUAUGAGAUCAAAACGAAGCAUUGAUGACGAUGUAGUGGGCGAGCGAAUCAAUGUGGUUAAUCACGAAGCUUUUACGCAGGCCGUUCAAAAUGGUGAUAAGAAUCGCAAAAGGCAUCGGUUGCCAUCACAUGAAGAGGAGAGAAGACCUUCUUCGUUUUUCGAUUUCAGAGAGUCACGUCUCUUUAAUUGGGCCAUAAACUUACCAAUAUCAAAGCCCAAUCACCCACCAAACGAUAGAAGCCAUCACGCAGAGAUUAAUGAAACACAAAACUUUAUGUGUCUGGACACGUGGUGCCGUCUCCUACAUCGACUUUCUUACCUGGCAAGUGACGUGGAUAGGCUAAGAAGGAGGGAAACUAUACUUUAUAUAUAUAGAUUGAAGUGAGGAGAGCACAUCCCAACUGUUGGAAUAUUAUUAUUUAAAACAUUUUAAAAUGUUUAAAGUAAAUGUACACAUAUUUAAAAUGUACAAAAUUCUAUACAGUUUAUCUUGUUUACAUAAAACUAUCAUUAAAUAAAAUAAAUCCAACCAAUAGAAAAAAUGAAGUAUUAUAUAAUUGAUCACAAAUAUCAAAUAUCAUUAAAUUUUAUCUAAAAUAAUGAAAGCAUUACUUAUUUAAAAUACCACUUAAAAUGAAACAGAGGGGUGUUUGAUAAUACGAUGGAGUGGAUUAACAAGAAUUCAACAUAUUUUAAUUAGUGAUAUUAAUUUAAGACAGUUUUUGAAAUUUGACAUCUAAGUAAAACUUAAUAAAAUUAAUAAAUAAGUUACAAAAAACAAUAAGUAAAACUUGAUAAAGCCUUUUAGUAUAUUUUACUAGUUUUCAAAAAAAAAUUAUAUGUGUAAGAAGCACUUAUCAUCCAAUUUUAUUAUUAUAAAUGUAAAUGAAAAUUUUGAUAUUUAAACAUUUAAUUAAAAUUAAGAUUAAACAUAUUUAGUUAGGGGUAUUAAUUAAGUGUUUUUUAUUUUAUUUUUGAGAGAAAAUAGUUUACUCAAUUUUUAUUUUAAAUAAUCGGUAUUAUCAUACUUUAAAUUACUUGUUUUCAGUUAUAUGUGUAAAAUCUUGGAAGCAUUUAUCAUUUAACGUUAGUUUUUACUGAUUAUUGACCAAAAUUGAAUAAAACAAAUUUACAAGGACUGCAGUACAAAUGUAGAAGGUGUAUGAAAGAAAUGGUUGGUGUUUUGUCUUGUCAUGAAGGCAAGGAUCCAAGGGGGAGCGAUCAGAGAUGGCAGAGCCGGGCGGGCCAGAUUGGACUAAUGAGUGGGGCGCACCUGUGUUCAUGCGCUACGAACCUGGUUCUGAGCCUGAGGAAAAGUGCUGCUUUCUUCCGUGGAUAAGACGACGUGAGGAUCAAGGACCUUUUCUCACGCCGGAAGAAGAGGAACGCCUGUUUGAAGAACAAGUCGAGAAUAGCCAGGGUUUUGACAUCAACUUUGAGGAGUUCAGCUGCGUUUUUAAUUACGUACCAGUUGAUUUCGAUGAGAACUACUAUUUCAAGGAUACAGACACCACCAGAGGAGUAAUAGAGAGGCUCUCUCCGGAUUCCCGUGAGCUUUAUAAUGAAAGAAUGGAUCAAGGUUAUGAAAUUGUCGAGGUUAUCAAAGCCAAUACUCACCCGACCGGUACUGCUGCCCAUAUGUUUUACAUUACCUUUAGAGCUAAAGAGCUUUCAGAUGAUCAGCCAAAAGACUUCCAAGCUAUGGUCUGCUAUUUCUGUUAUACCUCAAACAAGUACCACUCCUGUGAACUGAAACCCGAGAAGAAAGAUACUAUUAAUUAAUCCAGCGUUUGAAUCAAUCAUUAGUCUGCAGCAAUGUCAUGAAUGGGUUGCGUUGGUGCAUCCUUUUCUACUUUUUAUAAUACUGCGCUCUACUUAUCUGGACUGUUUUGGCAGUUCACUCCAUUGAACCUGCUGAGAAAGAAGACGUCAAGAAAGUCAGGCUGACACAGGAGGUAUCUACUGCCUAAUCAUGCAUGGUGGUGAGACGACCGAGUCCAGCUAUGUAUCGAGACUUGUACUAGGUUUACCAUUUGCCUUGUUCGUUUGGUGUGUUCGAAGUUCAACUUCUGCUUUUGUUGUUCGUUUGGGGCUUUCGAAGUCCCCUAGUUCUGUUGUUUUUGUUAUUCAAACAUUAGCUAGUUCUGCUUCGAACUAGUGACUAGUAAAUAUGAUUACCUUUUUGAGUUUUUUCUCUUCACCUAACUAUUUUGUUUACCUUACCACCUUUUCACUAAUUCACUCUGUUUUCACCCGGUUAAUUUCU